AUGGGCGUCGAGACUCUCAACGAGGACACACUUACUCUCGUUGUCUCAUACCUGGGGUCCGUGGAUGCGCAUAGGCUGUCCUCCACUGCACGACUGUUCCACGGUGUCGCCAGAGUGCAUGCGCUGAAAGAUGUGACGAUCCACUCUUUCCCGAAAGUCAUCAAGUUCUGCGACUACAUGCUCCAAGACGGGCGUGACCGCUUGUCUUCGCUGCGCGCACUUAGGAUCCAAUGCUUCGUAGAAAACGAGCACCGGUUAGCUCAACAGGAGCCUCGCUUUCAUCAACACUCGGAAGGCGAGUACAGAGCCGGAGCGGGCCUCCUUGCGGACCUGUUGCAGGAAAUCCCCGACCUUCGAGUCCUGGUCCUGCACCAGGCGGAAGUGUGGAUGAUGUACGAACGGCGCAUCGUCACGGUCGUCUCCGCUAUGCGCCGUUUGGACGAACUCGGGCUCACGGACAUCGGCCCACAGGUCUCGGACACACUGCACAGUCUUCAGAGUGCGCCGCGCAAGCUCGCCCUCGCCGACGCCGUCCAAUGGUCGCUCCCACACAACUCAGUCCCACAUAUGUGGCGGCUCGAUGGCGCGAAUCUGUCCUUCCCGAGCGUACGAUCCCUGUUGAUCCGGGCCCCGCACCACCUGCCCGCUGCGCCCGACCUCGCGCGCAUCUUCCCAAACACGCGCGAGCUGGACUUCGGGGAGCUGCACACGACGCACUUUCCGGUCCUCUUUGGGCCCCAGCCGCCACACGCGAGGUUAGUCGAUUGGCCGUCACUAGAAGUCGUCCGCGCCACCGGAUUCGCGCUCAAGUGGUGGAAGAACGCGCAUCCGGUUCAUUGUCUCGAGCUGCUCAGCCCGUUAAGGAAGAUGGACAAUAGCUCAGUCGGCGUCAGGCAGCUGAACCCAGCCGCGGAGCGCGACGACGCCCUGAUGGCUGUGGCAAACGUCCAGCCGGUCGCGCUGAUAGCGAUUUUGAGUACCAGACUGGGUGACAGAUACCUCAGGCAGCUCUUCACGAAGACGCGGCGCCUGCGAUACGUCUCCGCGGAGAUCUGGGAUGUCCAUAGGUUCGAGACCUGGCUACCUGACCUAAACAAGUGGUGGAGUCUCGUCCGUGGCACUUUCUCUCGAUAUCCGCCCAUCGUGUGCCUGAAAGUGCGCUGCUCCGUGUUGAGAGAGCCACUCCCUCGAAGCGACACCGAGCAGACGGGAUCGGACCCCACUGGUGCGCCAGCGACCUACGCAGAAGCUCUCGAGGCCAUCCUCGCCGCGUUGCCUGAAUGGGCGACUUCCGUCCCGACGCUUCGCUACGUGUCGCUCGAUCUGCGGUCAACAUCGCCAGCCUUGAAGGAUCAUCGUAGAAUGACCGCCAUUGGAAAUGGCAUACCGCGACCUGAGGACGACAAAUCGGCGAAAGACGAGAAUCUACACUGGUGGCAGAUUGAGGGUGAUGGGGACGGCCGAGUGGCACAAUUGCUCGCACCUGCACAGGGAGAACGAAUCGCUGCAUUCCUCUGUUCAUCGCGGUAUGAUUGGCAGACUGACCUUGAUGCGCAGCCGAUCGUUUGA